AUGGAGGCGAGCAGCACGCCAGACAAAUCGCUGGAGCGGCUCCUCAACGAGGGCAAGCGCUAUGCAGACAAGGCCAAAUGCCGCCAGACCUCGGGCUUUGAAGCGGAUUGUGUGGAAGGCGACCCGUACCAUUGGCACGUGAAGAUCUACGACUUCUUCGGCGACAGCACGGUGGCCAAAGACCUGGCACACCUCAAAGAACAGCAGGGUGUGGAUCAUGUCUUGGUGUCCUUCCGCUUCACGACCGAGUACCCGCUCAAGCCUCCCACCGUCCGCGUCUUGUACCCUCGUUUUGCGCCGAGGAGCACUGGCGGCGUCGUGUCCACGGGCGGAACGGUGCAGCUCGCCCUCUUCACCUACCAAGAGUGGAGCCCAAUCAAUACGAUGUCGUCUAUCGUCACGCACCUCAAGAACAAGCUCGUCGAAGCAAACGCCCGUAUCUACGUGACCAACCCGUUGCCCUACACCGACGAAGAAGUCGCCUCCGCAACGACCGGCUUCUACACCACAUAUGUUUGCAACACGCCGGCGUUCAUUGGACGCCCGGAACUCAAUUACGGCGGCAAGAUCCUGCUGCCCGCGUCGGCGCUCCAGGAGAUCGUGAGCAAGGACGUGGCAGGCAAGCAGUUCCUUUCCGACUCCCCGCUCGUGUUUGAGCUCUCAAACCCGGCCAAUGGCAAGAAGACCUACGCCGGUGUGAUGGAGUUUCUGGCGGAAGAGGGUCAUGCCAAUGCGCCAUUCUGGCUUAUGCAACAUCUCGAGCUCACAGAGGGAGAUGAUGUGAAUGUGCGCUUGGUCACGCUGCCCAAGGGUACCUUCGUCAAGUUCAAGGCCCACGAUUCCCACUUCUUCGUGCGCUACCCCGAUCCCAAACCCAUUUUCGAGACGGUGCUUCGCAACUUUGCCGCGCUGAGCCAGGGUGAUCACAUCGACAUCACUUUUGACGCCAUCACCUACCACUUCGAGGUGCUGGAGACGCAGCCGCACACGGCGAUCGACAUCAACAACGUGGACAUUGAGGUCGAGUUCCAGCGGACGCUGACCGAGGAGGAGCAGCUGCGCGAGAUCGCACGAAUCAAGCGGGAGCGCGAGGCCGCAGAGACUGACGGCGCAGACGGCGAGGGCGUCAAGGACAAGGGGAAGGAGAAGGAGCAACUCGGUAGGAGACUGGACGAAGAGACCGAAGACGCGGCUCCUCAAGCCGACACCACCCUCUGCAAGAACUGCCAGCGAAGAGUGCCAACUGCCGCGUUUACCAUGCAUUCGGCCUUCUGUGAGCGGAACAACGUGUGUUGCAUGAAAUGCGGCCGAGCGGUCAAGGUGUCGGAGAAGGAGAAGCACGACCAGGAGUUCCAUGCGCAGGUCGAGUGCGGCGAGUGUGGGGCCACGGUAGAGUUGACCGAGCUCGGCGCUCACCUCGAGAAUUAUUGCCCGCAGCGAAGCGUGCCCUGCCACUAUUGCGGUCUGAUGACCAAGGCCACCCAACUCGACGAGCACCAGGAGUACUGUGGGACCCGCACGGAGGAGUGCGAAAAGUGUCGGCGCUGCAUCAUGUACAAAGAUCUGCCGCAGCACAUCGGGACCGAUUGCGGGUACCCGCCGGCGCCGCAGCCCGUCCGACCCGGCAACGCCCUCCUCUCCUACCUGGGCCUCGGCGGCUGGGGCAAGUGA